GCGUCUGCUUUCUCAGAUUAAGGGGAAAGAGAUACAGCCUCUAGAAGAUAAGGACAAAUCGCAAGGUGUAGUGUAGUUAUCAACGGAGUGUUCAUCGUCAUCCUCAACGAAUCCAUAUAUUAUCUGGAUUCAAUCGGAAAUUUUUUGUUACUGCGCUCCUUUCUUCGUUUACAGUCUUCGCAUACGAUUCGAAUCUGUGGUGAGGAGGUUUCUGCGAAUGGGGAAGGCGUUCGAAUCGGUGGAUGCGAUCGAGCUUGUGACGGAGCUGCGGCGGAGCUUUGACGCCGGUGUGACUCGCGGGUACGAGUGGAGAGUGGCUCAGCUCAAGAACCUCCUCAAGAUAUGCGACCACCACGAGCCGGAGAUCGUUUCUGCCCUCCGCGACGAUCUCGGCAAGCCGGAGCUCGAGUCCUCCGUCUACGAGGUAGCCCUGCUGAGAAACUCGAUUAAGUUAGCACUUAAGCACCUAAAAGACUGGAUGACACCGGAGAAGGCAAAAACUUCUCUAACAACCUUUCCUGCGUCAGCUGAAAUUGUGUCGGAGCCUCUGGGGGUUGUCUUAGUAAUCUCGGCUUGGAAUUAUCCUUUUUUGUUGUCUCUUGACCCUGUUGUUGGAGCAAUUGCCGCUGGUAAUGCUGUUGUCCUGAAGCCAUCAGAAAUUGCUCCAGCUUCAGCAUCUCUGCUCGCAAAGUUAAUGGAACAAUACCUAGACUGCUCCGCCAUAAGAGUUGUAGAAGGAGCUGUGGCCGAGACAACUGCUUUGCUGGAGCAAAAGUGGGACAAAAUAUUUUACACAGGUAAUUCAAGGAUUGCCCGAAUCAUAAUGGCUGCAGCAGCGAAACACCUCACACCUGUUGUCUUGGAGCUGGGAGGAAAAUCUCCUGUUGUCGUGGACUCGGGCAUCAAUUUGCAAGUUGCUGUUAGACGCAUAAUUGCCGGAAAAUGGGGUUGCAACAAUGGACAGGCGUGUAUUUCUCCCGACUACAUCCUGACAACAAAAGAUUAUGCUCCAAAAGUGAUUGAUGUCCUGAAGCAUGAGCUGGAAGCAUUUUAUGGGAAGAACCCUAUUGAGUCCAAGGAUCUUUCUCGUAUUGUGAACUCGAACCACUUUGAUCGCCUGGCAAAGAUGUUGGAUGAGGAGAAAGUUUCUGGCAAAAUCGUCUAUGGAGGUCAAAAGGACAGAGCUAACCUGAAAAUCGCUCCAACCAUCCUGCUUGAUGUACCGAGAGACUCUCUGAUCAUGAGCGAAGAAAUAUUCGGCCCUCUCCUCCCCAUCCUCACGCUCGACAAGUUGGAAGAGUGUUUUGAAGUGGUGAAUUCCAGAUCAAAGCCGCUUGCUGCAUAUCUAUUUACCAACGACAAGAAGCUGAAAGAGAGAUUCGCAAUGAACGUCUCUGCCGGAGGCGUAGUGGUCAACGACAUUGCUGUUCACCUUGCUCUUCACACACUGCCUUUCGGAGGGGUCGGGGAAAGUGGAAUGGGCUCAUACCACGGGAAAUUCUCGUUCGACGCUUUCAGUCACAAGAAGGCGGUUCUGUACCGAAGCUUUUUAGGUGACGCAUCGAUGCGAUACCCGCCCUACUCCCGAGGGAAGCUUAGAUUGCUCAAGGCUCUUGUCAACAGCAAUCUAAUGGACUUGCUCAAAGCUAUAUUCGGAUUAUCUUAAAAGACACAAACUCAGCCGUUUCAUAUUUAUUUAUCCUAUUGUUUUGGUUUCCUGUUAUAGACAAUAUAGGAAUGGUAAAUUACAUUAUCCGUGCUUGAACAACCAAACGCAAGUGGUAAAUAAGAGGGUUUUGUGCUCAAUAAGAAUCGGACCAAACUCCAUAUAAAGUCCGAAUGUUUGUUUUUACCAA